UGCUCAGUUUUCGUGAAACGACAUAGAUAUUUGUCGUUCAAAAAUUAACCAAUUCUAACCUAGAAUUCCUAAAAUAAUUCAACUCGCUUCUCUCAGACUCCACCCUGAAUUGCCCAUUCUCGACGAAUUGCGAUUCAAGGGAACUGACAGAGCUGUCAAGACGGCUCUGCACUUUUCCUUAUCUCCGAAAAAUUGAAUGUCAAAACAUUUUUUCUUUCAAACCUUCGCGCUUGAGGCCACUCGAGGAAUGGCUCGUUUUCGAGCUCUCUUAUCACAUUUAUUUCACAGCGACUCAUCUGCAGUACUGGAAUCGCCGAUCACUUGACCAGGAAAAAUGCAGUUAUUUGUUCAAACUAUGGAAGGCGAUCUGCAAAAUGUCAUUUCCUUCAAAAAAAAUAUUUGCACCUCGUUAUUUCACUGUCGCUUCAAUAUUUCUUUUUAUUAUUUCGUUUAUAGUGAUUCUGAUCACGUUUUGUUUCUUAUUGUCCUUAUCCCCUUACAGCAUCCAGACCAUCAGUAGUUUUGUUAAUCUCUGCGACCGUCAGAGAGCGUGUGAAUCAAAGAGUAUAACAAUAAUCAUCUGGUCUUAACCUGCUUAACAUAACAAGUGAAAAUACAAAAAUUUUUUUUAUUCACCUGUAACAUUUUUAAUCUCAAAUUAGGAGAGAAUCAAUCGAGCUUUGAACGUUGUUUAAACUUGAUUAGAUAAUACGAAUGAAAAUGAUAAGAAAUCACCCAUAUACUGUCGACAUAAGAGACUCGUUUAUAUUUUCAUAAUUCAGUUCCGUGUCAGUCGCUGAUCGCUGACGCGGUCGCAGCAGCAACGAACAGCAGAAACCUUUCAAAAUCAAUAAUAUAUUUCUCCGACGACGCAAUUCUCUCCAUUUUUAUUUACACCUUGAAAAUAGAUCAUUGUGAUUUUAAAAAUGAUUCGGUGUUCGAUCAAGUUGAGCAGUGGCUUCUCAAAUGCUGUUUUUUUCCAGAGGAAAAUAACUCGGUCGAACGUCAAACUUUAUGUGCGCAAUCGCAGAAUCCUUUGUGCCUCGAGUGCUAGAAAUUCAUCGACAAAAGCGAACGUUGAUCCCAACAACGUUUAUCGAAGUUUGCACGACGACGUCGACUGUGCGACCGGCGCCCAUUUGCACGAUUAUGUUUGGCAAAACCUCGAUAAAUGGGCCGACAAGACUGCUGCGGUUUGCAUCGUUACUGGACGGAGUUACACGUACGCUCAGCUGAGAAAAGCCUCCGGAAGAUUAGCGACAUCUCUCCGGAAGUGCAAUCUCAACCCGGGCGAUACGGUCGCGGUCGUAUUGCCGAACGUGCCGGAAUACGCGAUUGUAGUUUUCGGGGCGAGCGAAGCAGGAAUUCGGUUGGUUCCCAUGAGUACAGCGUUCACCGCUUACGAGAUAGGAAUCCAGCUGAAAAAUGCCAAUGCCUCGGCCGUCGUAACGACGCCCUCGAAAUAUGCGACCGUCGCGACGAGCGUGGAGGGCAAUCGCGAAGUCAAGUUGCCGAUCAUCGUCGUCGAGGAUGGCAGCGGCGAGGUACCGGAAGGUGCGAUUAAAUUUGGCGACUUGACGAGAGAAGACGUUGAGGAGUUUGAAAAAACAGGCGAAAAAACGGGCACCGAGCCAGAGGAUUCUAUGCUGCUUCCUCUUUCCAGCGGGAGCACCGGACUCCCAAAAAUAGUCGAAUUGUCUCACAGAAACGUCGUGGCGAACUUGAAGCAAUUGUCAGUCAAAGGCGUAGCACUCUCGACAGCAGCAACGGCCAACUGGCAAGAAAACAUUCCAAUUAUUUUGCCGCUGUAUCACAUUUACGGAUUGAUCGUCAACCUCAAUUUGAGCAUGACUGUAGGUGCGAAGAUGCAGUUCAUCCCGCAGUUCAGCGCCGAAGCUUUUUUCAAAGUUCUCAAAGAAGCUCGUCCCACGCAGCUGUACUUGGCGCCCCCGUUGAUCCAGCUGAUGGUUAACGAUCCGAGAAUGACGAAAAGCCAUUUGGAAUCGACGAAAACACUCGUGUGCGGGGCGGCUCCGAUCGGCGAGGAAGUAAUAACCAAAUAUCUCAAGCUCGCACCAUCCCAUACGAAAAUCCUACAAGGCUAUGGCUUGACCGAGUGUUCUCCGGUCGUCACCAUGUCCACGGAAUCCCCUUUCGUCUCAGUCGGUAAACCGAUUCCCAACACCGAUAUCCGCGUCGUUGGCUUUGAUGAUGAAAACAAAGGAAACAAUUUGAGCUUCGAUCAAGUUGGCGAAAUUUAUGUCAGAGGACCACAAGUCAUGAAAGGGUAUUACAACAAUCCUGAUGCCACUGCCCAGUGCAUGGAAGGAGAUUGGUUGAAAACUGGGGACUUGGGCAGUGUAGAUAAAAGUGGUUACCUUUACAUACGGGGCAGACUUAAAGAACUGAUAAAAGUUCAGGGCUACCAAGUCGCGCCAGCAGAGAUCGAGGAUUUGAUUCAGGGACACGAGAAAGUGGCAGAAGCCGCCGUUAUAGGAGUCCCUCACGAGAAAUAUGGCGAAGUACCGAAAGCGUUCGUCGUAACGAAAAAGGGAGUCCAUUUGAAUCCUGAAGAAAUAAAAAAUUGGAUUGCCGAACGUUUAGCCAAGUAUAAACACCUUGGCCAUGUUCAAUUUGUUGAUAAAAUACCGAAAAAUCCAGCAGGAAAAAUACUUCGACGAGAACUCGAGAAAAUGUGAUGUCCUUUGUGUUUUUAGUGGCUUCCUGAUUGACUUCCGAGACAGCAUUUGUUCAUCCAGUUCUUCCGAGUCCCUUGAUGAGCUUAUGGUUCCAAUGAAUUUGAAGGAGACUCUGACCACGGAGAUCAAAGGGCUCACUGGCCUAUUGGAACGAUCUCCGACGACUAUCUGAAUAUGUAAAAUAAUUUGGUAGGACGAUGCUUGCCAGAUGAGUGGUAAACAAUAUUUUUAUAAAAUUUUUCAGGAAUUGAGUAAGGCAGUUUAGACACUCAGUGCGACAGCUCGUUGCCAGCUAUACUGGAACAAGAGAGUCUGAGUUAUCAAGCUCUUGUACAUUCAAAUAUGAAAAUUUUUAGAUUUUUAUUGAGCAUUGAAAAUGGUAGAGGCCAGAAAGGGUCUGAAAGGCUUAUCGUUAGCAUCGGUCAGAGUCGGUCACAAUUAAGGGAUCAAAAUGUACUAACAACUUCUCCCUGUGUUCAUAUACAUAUAUAUAAAAACAGAAUGUUUAAAACAAAUUAUCUUUUGUAAUCACUUAAAUUCGAAUUAUUAUGUAAAAUACACUCUAUGAGAAAAAAUAAAAAAAUCUACUCAGUGAUUUCUUUAAUAAGAA